GUGAGCAGAGAUCUGUGCUGUUGAGCUCCUCCAGUGCUCGGCCUCGUCAUGUCCACCCUGAGCGCGGCUCCACCUGCCUGUUGACAGCAUCCCUCUGACAGCGCCAAGAUGACCCCACAGGCUGGAUGAGCCCCCGCGUUCCAGGCAGCCACGUGUGAGUUAGCGGGAUCCAGGCCGCCCUCCGCCCCUGCACUGGCUCUGCCAGAAGGUGGGGCUCCAUAGCUCCUGGAAUUAGAUUCAAAGCUUGAGGAACCACAAAUGAAGGACUCGGAAUAAGCCACCUCCUGAGACUCCCACGGGGACUGCGGCGCCCGACUCGGGUCUCUUGCUUUGUAUGCUCUGCUCUUCCCCUCUGCCCACCGCCUCCUGCUUUCCAAGCACCCACACUGUCCUGCUCCGUGUCUCACUCACUUCCCAGCUCCCACUAAUUCUUACCAUCCUCCCCCUCUCUCCCCCCUUGCUACUCCUUUCUUUCCCUCUCCUCAAAUCUCUCUCCUAAUUCUGACCCUUCCUUCCAAGUCCUCCCCUGUUCUCUUCCCCUCAGCUUCUCCUGUUGUGUUCCUCCCUCUUCCUUAUUUUUCCCAUCUCUCCUGUCCUCCUGCUCCCCUUUCUGCCCACCUCUGGUCCCACCAGCUCCUCUCUCACCCCAUUCCCCCUCCCUCUCUUUCCUCCUCCUCCUCUUCCUCUUGCCUCUCCCCUGAGUGUUUGCUUUUCUCCCGGACCCGGAUGAAGAGGUUGGCCUGCCCGUGCCCUGCCCUGCCCCACUUCUGGCAGCUGGGGUCUCGCUUCAUGGCUGAGGGCACCGGGACUCAGGCCCCAGGGCAAGGGCCUCAGGUCAACAUCCAAUACCUGCGAGCCCAGUAUGAAGGCCUGAGGAGGCAGCAGAGGACCCAGGCCCACCUCAUGGUGCUCCCAAAAGGAGGGAACACACCUAGUCCUGCGGAAUCCAUGAUCAGUGCUGUUUGGAUUAACAAGGAGAGAAGGAGCUCCCUGUCCCUGGAGGAGGCAGCUUUGGGGGAAGGGCGGAUUCUGGAAGAAGCUGACAGGAGCUGUGUUCAGGCUGCUGAGUCUCCAUGGCACACACACCUAGAGAUGUACCGCUUAGUCCAAACUCUUCACCAGGAAAACAUUCAUCAAGUAAAGCUGAAAGACCAGCGUGUGGGGUCUGACCAAAGGCUCCCUCCAGAGCAAGCCCAGCACUUACUAGAAAGUGACCAAAAGACACAGCAAAUCCCAGAGGCAGCCCAGAUUCAGUGUCAAGUGGGCAGCACAGAAACAAAAGCAGAAGAAUCCAUCCUAAAGACCAGCGUCCCAUGUCCAUCUCCUAUAAAGAACUCACACAGGCCUGUCAAACCAGCUCACUACCCAUUUCCACAAAGAAAACCUCCCAGAAUCUCUCAAGCUGCCCGGAACCUGGGCUUGUAUGGUCCAGUCUGAAGCUUUCUUUGCAGCCAGGUGUCUCUGCCUUGAGCCGUCUAUGAAGUCACUGAACUAAAGAGACAACCACAGCAAGAGCCUUGAGCUGUGAGCAGGAACUGCAUUCACCCAGUAGGAAUUCUGGGAAGGGAACUUCACAGUGGAAACAGAGUCUUAUCUUCCAAACAUAGAGAGAUUUUCUGCCUUAGAUUGUUAACCAUUUAGCAUGGAGGGUACUGUCUAAUCUGUGCAACACCAUUCAUCUUCUUGCAUAAGAAGAUGUUGCUGUGGCACCCAGCAAUCCAUUUCCUGGGGAGGGGAAGUCCUGCUGGACACCUGCUUCAUGCCUGGAUGUGGAGAAGUUUGAAAAACGAGGCAGGAACUUCAACCAGUGGAAUGCACCGCCCAGAGUUCAAUGGAUGCUAGCAAACUCCCAUUCAGUAGUUUUUGAUUCCUGAGAUAUUCUGGAGAAGAUGAUCUCUGAGAAUUCUGAAAACCUUUUCUGGUUGCUAUGCUUGUGGGGCACCUCACUUAGAAGUCACUACAUUUAUUAGGAGUAGAAGUUACCGUGUUCUGCAAACAUUCAUUUCCUGUUGAGUAAAAAGGGUAAAGAAAGUUAUGCAAAUGUCUCCUGUUUGAAGUGUGGAAGGAGUCCUAGAAAAGGAUGGUCAUCUGACAACUGUGCUUGAGACCACACAUUUCAGCUUCACUAAAAGUUGAUUUUCUUCCUUCAGCCUUUCUCUUCCUCCUCUCCAUAAAUGAAUGUCAUAUUAAAAACUGCCAAUGAUUGAAGAUAUACACUGAUGGGAAGCUGUGUAAAAAAAGUACAUGCAACACAAACACACACACACACACACACACACACACACACACACACACACGCAUGCACACAUGCACUUCUCCUGUUUGGAAAGUAUGUGUUCCCUACACUCUGCCCUCUUUUCAGCCUAGCUUGAAUCAUUGAUGUCCUUCCUGGGAUAAAUCUGUGUUUUAAAACCUAAGGAUAAAAUGGAGCAGGUGGUAGUUGGGUGAUGGGAAAAAAGAAGGCCUUUCCUGGUUAACAUUUAACUUCGUUAAUGACCUUGAAAUGCACUAAGGUGCUUUCCUUCAAGUCAGAUUCUCUCUCUGUGCACCUGCUCCUGGAUCAUGCAGAAAUAGAGCCCAGCUUGGGGAUUCACUGAAACUCCUGGCAUGAAAAUGAACAAGAUUUUCUAGUUGGCUUUUAUAUUCCAAUGAAAACCAAGAAAAU